ACUCAUCUGCCUGUCGCUCAGCCCAGUUGGAGAGAGAGAACGCGGCACUGAGCGAGGCCAAGAGCGACCGGUUCACAUGCUCUGCUCUGCCCCUCCGUCCUGCCAGGAAUCCCCCAACGCUCCACCACCAGACCGGUGAUCUCCGUUGCUUCGGACGUGUCGGCAGUGCGAGGGAGAGGAAGAUGGUCCCCCAGGCGUCACUGGGAUUCUGUAUGCUGGUGGCUGUCGCAAUCCAGGCAUGCUGUGCUGCCCAUAUGGGCCAGAAGAACGCUGACGUCCUGCAUCCAUGGAGGGGGUUCGCAGCGGGGAGUGCAGGUCGCACCAGGAUGAAGAGGGACUGGAUCAUACCUCCCAUUCGGAUUUCAGAGAACAGCAAGCAAGUCCCAGAGAAAAUAGUUCAGAUCAAAUCAGACAAGGUUUACACCGGCAAGGUCAUAUACAAGCUGGAAGGUCCGGGGGUGGAUCAGGAUCCCAAAGACUUCUUUGAAAUCGAAGAUACUACGGGAUGGAUCAGGAGUAAGAAACAGCUGGACAGAGAGAAGUACAGCCGUUUCAAUCUUAAAGCCUUUGCCCUGUCGCCCAGCGGGGAGCGGGUAGAGAACCCGUCCACCAUAGAGAUCAUCGUGAUGGAUCAGAACGACAACAAACCGAACUUCACACAGUCUGAGUUUGUCGGCUACGUGCCUGAGUUCUCUUUGCCAGGAACCGCAGUCAUCAACGUGUCGGCGACGGACGCCGACGACCCCGAAACGGAGAACGCAAUCCUGAGGUACUCCAUCAUCAUGCAGGAGUGUUUCCCACCUUUCAGCGUCAACAAAACCAUGUUUGGCAUCAACAACGUGACGGGGACAGUAUACAUCAGGGACGUGGGCCUGGAUCUGGCGGUUGUGAAGUUCUUCAAGCUGAAGCUCCAGGUCUCCGACAUGUCUGGAGAGGGGCUGUCGGAUUUCGCUUAUGCUACCAUAUACAUCACCGACAUCAACAACAAUGCCCCCCAGUUCCCAGUGGACCAGUAUGCCAUGACAGCCCCAGAGAACAGAGGCACGUAUGAGAUAGGCAGAGUCCACACCAAGGACAACGACGAGCCGGGCACGGCCAACUGGAAGACCGUGUACUCCAUCAUCAAAGGGGACCCUUCUGGUCACUUUGCCGUCCACACGGACCCUGAAACCAAUGAGGGUGUAUUGUACGUGGUGAAGCCGCUGGAUUACGAGGUAACCAAGCAGCACCGUCUGGUUCUGACGGCCCAAAAUGAGGCCCCGCUCAGCCACAAAGCCCCCAGGCUGCCUGUCAGCAGCAGCACGGUGACCGUCACCGUGCUCAACGAGAACGAGGCUCCGCGCUUCGUCGAGAGCCCCAUCCGCCUGGAGGUACCCGAGUCCGUCGUGGCCGGCACAGUGCUGACCGUCGCCAAGGCUCAAGACCCAGAGGGCGACGGGGUCAGGUUUUACAUGGAAUAUGAUCCUGAGAAGUGGCUCAGGAUAGACCCAGUGAGUGGAGAGAUCGUGGCCAGAAAGACCUUCGACCCACGCUCCGCCAGCGUCAAACACGGCAUCUAUCACGCCGUCAUCAAGGUCUCAGACACAGAUGGGGGGGGCUCGUCCACCACGGCCACUGUGGAGAUAAAGCUGAGGCAGACCAAUGACUUCCCCCCUCAGCUGGUUCCCCCAGCGAGCAGGGACGUGUGCGCUGGCCGUGAGGCGCGUUCGGGCCUCUUCCUGAGUGCCCUGGAUCUGGACAUGUCCCCUCACGCCGAACCCUUCUCAUUCAAGCUGGUGGAUCACUCUGCCAGUAACUGGACCAUCCAGAGGGUCAAUGAGACCCACUCCUGGCUCUUCCCUCAUUCAGAGGUGGAACCUGGUCUGUAUUACAUUCCCAUCCGCGUGUCAGACAUCGGCGGACUCUUCACACUCUCCAUGCUCAACGUGACGGUGUGCAGGUGUGACGUCUCUGGGGUCUGUAACCCAGCAGCUGCAGCGUUCUUUGCCCCCCAUGUAGGGAUCAGCAUCACCGCCCUGCUGGUUAUCAUCGGCAGUAUUUUUCUCCUACUCCUAAUGCUGCUCCUUGUGGUGGCAGUGAGGAACUGCAGAUUGCGUCCCAUCAAAAAAGGCAGUAUUCUAAAAGGCGUGUCAGACGAUGACAUUCGCGACAAUGUCCUGAACUACAACGAGCAGGGCGGCGGAGAGGAGGACGAGAAUGCUUACAACAUUGAGCAGCUGAGAAACCCCAGCAAGCUGGUGCCGCCCUUCCCGGGGAGGGGCUCGGUGGCCGUGCCCGCCACCUUCUUCCCCCCAGCAGGCUCUGGUUUCCCCAGUGGUCGGCAGCCGCUCAGGAAGGACGCCCCUCACGAUUUUCCCUCCCCUAUGUAUCCGCGGAAACCGCCGGCAGACCCCGCUGACAUCGAGGACUUCAUCAAUGACGGCCUGGAUGCUGCAGACAAAGACCCCAACAUCCCCCCUUACGACACGGUGCUGAUCUACGAUUACGAAGGCGAUGGCUCUGUGGCGGGCAGCCUGAGCACCAUCGCCUCUGGGAGCUCUGAUGAGGACCAGGACUAUGACUACCUCAGUGACUGGGGACCCCGCUUCAAGAAACUGGCUAACCUGUAUGACCCACACUAAGGCCCUGAUCUCUGUCUGCUAUCGUGUUGGACUGGAACCUGGCACUCGUCUGUAGUCAUGUGACCUGGCUGAAUUCACAGCUGAACUGACGGCACGAUCCUUGCCCUGUUUGGUGCCCCACACCCACCGGCUCCCUCCGCUCAGGGACCCACUGCUUUUAUCAGGAGAGCUGAGCAUGCUGGGAAAUGACUCCUGUGUGACAAUCCUUGUCAUUGUGGGCUCUCUUUGUAACAGUAUCGCAGCAACUGUAAUGCUGGGUUGCCAAAAACCUGUUUUUUACUGCUAAAUUUCUACUUGUACUGAUAAGAGGACGUAGCCAAAAUUCUUCCAGUAUGUUUCUCAUUAAUUUACAUUGCAUACAUUGUAUCAUAUAUGUAUAAUUUUUUUUGUUUUGCAAUUUUACCCACCGUGUUGAUCUACAAUUUACUUGCAAGUGGUUAGCAGCCUUGAAUCCCCGUAGAUGAUGUGGCACACAGGAAUGAUUUAGAUGGUGAAUAAAGCAGGGCCACAGAUGUUUGGGGUGAUGUCCGGGCAGGACGGCACGGGAUGCCAGGCGGGCCUGCGGUUGGGGAGGGGGGCAGGCACACUGAAAGCUGGGUCAGUAUCCACCAUUAUUUUUAAUUAUUCCUGAAUGAACAGAUGAUGCCCAUGUUUACACCGCAAAGUAACAAAACAUUGCGCUGCUAGCCAGACCUUUUAUCAACUGAGUAUAAUUUCAGGUCCAGAGAGUAAAAAUCCAGACCAGGAUUUUGUUUCAACCAACCAGUUGAGUACUCUGUGACUGUGACUCUUUAUGCUCAGCUGGUUGGUUGAAACUAAAUCUUGGCUCGGAUUUUUACUCUCUGGACCUGAAAUCUCCACCGCUGCCAAACGGAAAUACUGCGCAGCUACAAAGCUACUUCUUUCGGGAGCUGUGAGUGUGUAGUACUGCCUUCGCUUUCUGAUAAACAUGAACAUAGUCAACCGAGCAGUCUAAGCAAGGGACAGAGCAGUCUUCAUAGGUACUCGUUAGAGUUUGUCCAUUGUUUUAUUGUAGAAAUUUUACUUAUGCAUUGUUUUAUUACUUAUACUUAUUGUUUUUAUAUUUAACAAUAUACUUUUCUGUUUGAUGCUGCAGUAAAAUUGAAUUAUUAUUAAUAAAACAUUUUAAAUAAAAAUUU